UUACACUUCAGCAUGUUCUUGUGUGAUCACUUGGAUUUAAAGCUGGGAUUUAUCACGUUGAAAUGUAAAUAAAACCAAAUAAUUACAAGUGAAAGUGGAGCAACAUCUCUAGCGCUCAUCAAGUUUGCUGUGGUGUGUGUGUGUGUGUGUGUGUGUGUGUGUGUGUGUGUGUGUGUGUGUGUGUGUGUGUGUGUGUGCACGCACUGCUGGGUUCUCAGGAUUUCAAAUUCCAGAACUCUGAAUCUUUCCUCAUGCCUCUCUUCACUUCCUGAUCGCCAACACGAUGAGUAGCAACAGAACCACGAGGUACAGCAUUGUUUCUCCUGAUGAGGAAAGGCUGAAGAUCUCGACUCUCGGGCUUCACAACGGCCACAGCUCACCCGGAAGUGCCAUGAGCGGCGCCAUAGCUAGUGUAGGCGGCUACAACAUGGAAAACAACUACAAUGGAAAAAUCUCCACUAGAGGGCGGAGUCAAGUACGGAGCCGUUUUGUUAAGAAAAAUGGCCAGUGUAACGUUGUUUUCAGCAACAUGGAGGACAAACCUCAGCGUUACCUGGCUGAUAUCUUCACUACCUGUGUGGACAUCCGCUGGCGCUACCUACUGCUCAUCUUCUGCAUGACAUUCAUGGUGUCAUGGCUGAUUUUUGGAUUGAUAUUCUACAGUGUGGCCCGCGCUCAUGGAGAUUUUAACCCUGAUCACCAUAUGAGGGGGCAAACAGGGGCAGGAACACCAGGCGAUGGGCAACAGAAGGAGUGGAAGCCGUGCUUACUCCAUGUGGAAGGUUUUCUCGGUGCCUUCCUGUUUUCAAUCGAGACUCAAACAACCAUUGGAUAUGGCUGGCGGUGCGUCACAGAGGAGUGUCCAGUUGCUGUGGCAACAGUGGUAGUUCAGUCCAUUUUGGGAUGCAUCAUUGACUCGUUUAUGAUUGGUACUAUCAUGGCCAAGAUGGCACGACCCAAAAAACGAAACCAGACACUGUUGUUCUCCCAAAAUGCCGUUAUUGCGCAGCGUGAUGGGAAGCUGUGCCUCAUGUGGCGUGUCGGAAAUCUCCGGAAAAGCCAUAUUGUAGAAGCGCAUGUACGAGCACAACUGAUUAAACCAAGAGUGACGGAGGAGGGUGAGUUCAUCCCGCUGGAGCAGACGGACCUGAACGUGGGUUAUGAUGAAGGUACUGACCGCCUUUUCCUCGUCUCACCUCUUAUAAUCGUCCAUGAGAUUGACGAAGACUCGCCGCUUUGGGCCAUGAGCCGCUCUGAACUAGAGAACGAUGUCUUUGAGAUUGUCGUGAUUCUUGAGGGAAUGGUAGAAGCCACUGCCAUGACCACGCAAGCACGAAGCUCCUACCUCUCCCAUGAGAUCCUUUGGGGUCAUCGGUUCGAGCCGGUUGUGUAUGAAGAUCAUGAUCGCUACCAGGUGGACUACGCUCGCUUCCACAAGACCUACGAAGUUCCCUCUACUCCUUCCUGCAGUGCUAAGGAGCUCAGUGAGUUAGCAAGUCAUCAACCGUCCAAAGCGUCAUCACAAUCCGGGACACCGAUUAGUCGCAGGACCCAUUUUCUGCGCCCGCCCUGUUCACCCAGUGCGUUCUGCUAUGAGAAUGAAGUGGCUCUGUACUCUGGGGAAGAGGAGGAUGAGGAAGGGGUAAAUACAAGAGAAACCGAUCUGACGGUACUAACGACAUGCAUUCCACCAGAAUUCCAGAAAAUGUUCCAGGAGACUCCAGCAGUAAAUUCUGGAGGCAACGUCCUCUGUGUGCUGGACAUGGACAAUCAGAUGGAGUUUGAUAUUCUUCAGAAUUCGGUUCCUCUCGAUCCUCUGACCUACAAGAGCGAGUCAGAGAUAUGACACUUAGGAUUGGAGGCGAUCAGAGGCGUUUCCCAGCAGGGCUUCUCUACAUGGUUUAGAAAGAUUGAUGAAGGGAAAAAGGAUUGUUGCGUUGGCAUUUUUCUGGAUUUGUCAAUAAACUGUAUAUAGAAACAAUUUGCCAGCUUAAGUUUGUAUAUUUGCACCGAAGCUCCUGAGAUGAUUUCAAGACAUCAAAAGCUGAUCCAGAUGGUCCUCACUUCAUUGUGGUUACUGGAAGGAUCAUGUGAUCCAUGAGGAUUGAUCACACUCAAAAAAGACAAGAUUAUAACUUUACAUAAAGAGGCAAAUUCAUUUCAGUCAAUUAUCCAAACAGGGAUCUAAACAUAAACGUCACCAAAGGAGGACGUUCACACAGGACAAGACAAAAACUCAGAAACAACCAAAUCUGUAUAUCAGAAAAAGAAAAGUUCAUUUUAGCUGCAACUUUAUUUAUUAAGACACUGUAUAGAUUAGAGGAAUCCAUGGCUGGGUGUCAGAAAUACUCACAAGCGUCACAUACAGUAUGCUGAGGUCUCACACACUAUUAAAUUUUAUUUAUAUUCAUUUCUUUAUAAGACCAUUCCAUUGUCUUCUCUCACCACUCACGGCUCAUGUAAACACCGUCCG